GCUGCUGCUUCCAGCGUUACCCUUUAUCACAAUCCCCCUCUUCCGCGAAAGCCACAUGGUGCAUCAUCUCUAUGGCAUAGGAUGGACACAAGUGAUCCUGUACGUGUCUUCCUUGGCCCUAUGCUGUCGAUAUGGUACCUCUCUACUGCCCGGAGUAGUGCUGCAAGGCCGCAGCGCCGCUGCUCGCGGCUUUCAGCAACGGCAUCAUCCGCUUCGCUCUAACUGCCCUCGGCUACCCCCUGGCGAACCGGAUCCAGUGCGGCUAUCUCGACUUUCUCGUCUCCGUGGUGGAGCUCAACCCGCGGAAGUCUACGUUGCAGAUGAUAGCAACGAGAGCUAUGCCGGUGGGAACGGCGACGGGGCAGAGAACCAAGCAAAAGCAGGGGACAUGAAAAAGGAAGGGAAAUGGCUUCUGCUUGGCGUGUCACAGCACGAUGGGCAGAUCAGCGCCCUGGCUUUGCCUGCCCUCAUGUCCCUGCUCGUGGAUCCCAUCCUGUCGCUGGUAGACACGGCGUACGUCGGGCGAGGCCUGGGUGCGAUCAGCCUCGCUGCCCUCGGCCCGUGCACGAGCAUCUUCCACUUCUCCUUCAACACGUUCCGGUCGCUGACCCAGAGCACCACGGCCCUCGUCGGGAAGAGCCUGGCGGCGGGAAACGAGGAAGAAGCAGGUCAGAUCGUACAGCAGAUGUACGUGAUCGCGUGCGUGCUCGGCGUUGGGCUCCAGGUGACGCUACUUACGCAGGCUCCGUCGAUUCUGGCUCUCAUGGGCGCGGGGCCCAAGACUGCCCUUUUCAGGGAAGCCUCGGGGUAUCUGAAGGUCCGAGCGCUAGCGGCUCCGGCGGUGCUGCUGAUCAUGGUGAGCGAGGGGGUGUUCCGCGGGCACGCCGACACGAGGGCCCCCGCCGUGGCGGCGCUGAGUGCGGCAGUCACAAACAUCCUCCUGGACCCGGUGUUCAUGUUCACGCUGUCCAUGGGAGUGGCCGGGGCGGCGGGCGCGACGGCCUUCGCACAGUACCUGGCGGUGGCGAUCUACGGGGCCAUGCUGUGGAGAGGGGCCAGGGAGGGCAGGAUGGCGGUGCCAUUCUUCGGGGCGGGGGGGAGGCGUCGACGGGAGGGGGGGGGGGAGGCGNGGGAGGCGUCGACGGGAGGGGGCGGCGGAGGCGGCGGUGGCGGCGGCGGCGGCGGGAACAUCAGCGCCCGCGGCGUGGUCGCUCUUGGUGACGGUGAUAUCGGCGAAUGCAGCUAUGCUUCUCAGGUGCGAACGACAUCGCUUAUGGCUUGCUGGGCUGUGGCCACGGCGGUUGCCACGAGAAUGUCCUCAGCUGCGGUCGGGGCGCAUCAGGUGGCCCUGUCGCUGUGGCUCUUGUUCGCCUUGAUCGCCGAAGCUCCUUCGAUCGCCGCCCAGGUUCUAGGGGCAAGGUACAUAGCUCAGGGUAAGCUCGAGACCGCACGGUCGAUGGCGCGGCGUGUCCUCACCCUUACCCUGGCGUGCAGCGGCUUCCUGGCGACUUCGCUCCUGUGCCUGAGCGGGGUGAUCCCUCGCGGCUUCACCUCCGACCCGGAGGUGCUCAAGAGACUGCACCAGCUGCUGCCCCUCCUCGCCUUCCAGCAGCCGUUGGUCGCCCUGACGCUCGUCGCAGAGGGCCUCCUCGUUGGAGCCGGGCAGUUCCGCUGGCUGGCAACCACCACGGUGGGGUCGAGCGCGGUGGCGGCGUGGUUCAUCCUCAUGGUGGGGAGACGGGCACCCGGGUGGGACGUGCUCGGGAUCUGGGGCGGCAUCACCGCCAUGUUCGUCGGGCGAUUCCUGGGGGCAGCGUGGAGGGUGAUGGACCGCAAGCGGGGCCCUUUCUGGGUGGUGCCAGCAUCGCCGACCUCGAAAUUUGAGGCUUGAGAAACGAAUACUGACCCGACACAUGUAAAUAUGUGGAGGAUGUGCCUGUCGUGUCAUUUUGGUGGUUGUUUUUUUGCGUUCAUUUUGGUUGUUGGAAUAAUUUUUAGUCUUGUCUGCUGUCCUUCUCGAGGAGAGUUUGCAGAAGCAGAGGAUGAUGAAGCUUGGUGCCUUGUGUGUUGAGCAUUUUUCGUCCGAACUGGACUUUAGUCCAUCGACGGGGGAAGUCGGAAAUAAUUUCAUCUACAGCAUUGUUGGGUUCCGACAAAUAUAAAAAAAGGAGGUGAACCCAGCCACCACGUGGCGCACCAUGUUUACUCGUACGUUUUGUCGUCUCUUGUGUGGUACGAAAGGAGUUUGAUCCAAGGGCGAUUGACAUCUAAUAACAAUGGUGUGUGCUGUUGGGUUGAUUGGCGCCAAGUUUGGCGUGCCGGCGGGAGUUGGGUGGACUUUGGCUGUCGAAGCGGGCGUUGCGGGUGGCACCACGUUGAGCGAGGUGUGGGGAACACACGACAAGCUGCAAACCUGAUCGCUGCACCGGUGCAUGCUUCUGCUCGACCACGCGUAUUGGGCGCAAUUUACGGAGGAAGUUCUCCUGUGCUUAGCCCUGGUUGGUGUUGACUCUCGCUGGCAACAGACCACCAGCUGUAUGAACCACCGUUUUGAAUCCAAUUUUCGUCGAGAGGAGACGGGAAGAGAUGAAACAAGUGUUUCCAGGGUU